ACCACACCCCCACAACAUAAUGAUUCACUUAUUUGAGUCAGGUGAACAGGUAGACAUAGUGAGGGUGUCCCCUACGUACUUCACACCAUUAUAAAUCUACCGGUUACCCAAAUUUAUAUCACCAUAACAAAGCUAACUAACCAGAUAUGUCUCAACAAACCACCACCACUCCAUUGACAUUCACCGUCCGGAGACAUGAGCCGGAGCUCAUCCUUCCUGCUAAACCGACACCUCGAGAACUCAAGCCUCUCUCCGACAUUGACGAUCAAGAAGGCCUUAGGUUUCAUAUUCCAGUUAUUCAUAUUUACCAAAGCAAUCCAAAAAUGGGAAAUAAGAAUCCGGCGAGUGUGAUCAGGCAUGCGUUGGCUAAGGCGUUGGUGUUUUACUAUCCGUUCGCAGGCAGGCUAAAGGAAGGUCCAGGGAGGAAGCUUAUGGUGGAUUGCUUGGGCCAGGGUGCGUUGUUUAUCGAGGCGGAGGCGGAUGUUACGUUGAAGCAGUUCGGGGUGGAGCUUCAGCCGCCGUUCCCGUGUAGGGAAGAGCUUCUUUAUGAUGUUCCUGGUUCCAGUCGCAUUCUUGAUUCACCAUUGUUGCUCAUUCAGGUGACACGACUCUUAUGUGGAGCUUUCAUUCUCGUUGUACGAGUUAGUCAUACCAUGUGCGAUGCGUUCGGAUAUGUACAAUUUCUCACAGCAUUGAGUGAAAUGGCAAAAGGCGCAUCCACACCAUCGACAUUGCCUGUUUGGCAAAGAGAGUUGCUUUGUGCAAGAGACCCGCCGCGCGUAACAUGCGUUCAUCACGAGUAUGACAAAGUGGCAGACACCGAUGGUAUAACCAUCCCGUUGGAAAUCAUGGAAACCAGGUCAUUUUUCUUUGGACCAACUGAGAUUUCCGCCAUUCGUAGGUUCGUUCCAACACACCUGAAACGUUGUACCACAUUUGAGGUCCUAACAGCUUGUCUUUGGCGUUGUCGUACAAUCGCACUCCAACCAAACCCUAAUGAUGAAAUGCGCAUGAUGACCAUUGUCAACGCACGUUUAAAGUUCAACCCUCGGAUCCCCGUAGGAUACUAUGGAAAUGUUUUCGCCUACCCGGCUGCCAUUUCCAAAGCUCGAGACCUAUGUAACAAACCGCUAGGACACGCUUUGGAGCUUGUGAUGAAAGCCAAAUCUGAAGUCACCGAAGAGUACCUGAAAUCCGUCGCAGAUCUGAUGGUAAUAAAAGGACGACCCAACUUCACAACUGUUGGAAGCUAUAUCGUGUCAGACGUGACACGUUCUGGAUUACUUGAAAUUGAUUUCGGGUGGGGAAACGCGGUCUAUGCCGGGCCUGAUUACCAUGUUGCUGGUUUCUAUACACGUCAUAUAAAUCAUAAGGGUGAGUCUGGAAUCGUGGUACCCAUAUGGUUGCCGUGUGUUGCUAUGAAGAGAUUCGCCAAAGAGCUAGAUAUAAUGUUGGCGCGAGACCAUAACAAUGAUCAUGUUAACCAGGAACACGUACUCGCUCAUUCCAAACUAUAGUUUCCUUGUUAUGACUCGAUAUUUGAUCAUGGCAUCAUGCAAUAUGCUUUUUAGACGUGUUUUUGUUAAUAGAACUGUUAGAAGUUUAUAUGUAUGGACUAAAUAAUUGUAAGACUCAUAAGUGUGGUGUAUUGUAUUGUAUGGUCUUAUUUCUAAAUAAUCAUUCAACAUGUACUUC